AUGUCGAAUCUCGAUCGCGCUAUCGAGAUCGUGCAAAAGGCCAUCGACGAAGACGUAAAACAGAACUAUGCAGAGGCAUACAAGCAAUACCAGAAUGCUCUUGACUACUUUAUGCUCGCCAUGAAGUACGAGAAGAACGAGAAAUCGCGGACACUGAUUCGAGCCAAGAUAAACGAGUACUUAGCUCGAGCUGAAACGCUCAAAGAGCAUCUUGUCAACGGGGAGAAAAACAAAAAAGCGGCCGUCGCAAAUGGUGCUGGUGGGGGUGGCAAGAAAGACGACUCCUCUUCAUCUGACCCCGAACUCGAGAAACUUCGCGGAGCACUCUCACAGGCCAUCGUGUCCGAGAAGCCAAAUGUGAAAUGGGACGACGUUGCUGGUCUCGAAGGCGCAAAAGCGUCUUUGAAAGAAGCGGUUAUUCUCCCAAUCAAGUUCCCGCACCUUUUCACUGGCAAGCGAACACCGUGGAAAGGCAUUCUCCUCUACGGACCUCCUGGGACGGGGAAGAGCUACCUCGCAAAGGCUGUGGCAACAGAGGCCAAAAGCACGUUCUUCAGUGUCAGUUCCAGCGACCUCGUGAGCAAAUGGCAAGGAGAUUCAGAACGACUGGUCAAACAACUCUUUGAGCUCGCCCGAGAACAAAAACCCUCAAUCAUCUUCAUUGACGAAAUCGACUCGCUUGCUGGCUCUCGUUCCGAAGCCGAAUCAGAGGGCUCGAGGCGUAUCAAGACUGAGUUCCUAGUACAAAUGAACGGCGUUGGACACGACGACACGGGCGUUCUUGUGCUGGGUGCGACCAAUAUCCCAUGGCAGCUCGACAAUGCGAUCAAACGACGAUUCGAGAAGCGAAUCUACAUACCACUCCCUGGUCCAGAAGCGCGCCAGCGGAUGUUCGAGCUACACGUGGGAGAAACGCCUUGCGAAAUGUCCAAGGCGGAUUAUCGCGUUUUGGCAGAGCAGACGGACGGUUUUUCGGGGUCUGACAUCAGCAUUGUAGUGCGAGACGCGUUAAUGCAGCCGGUAAGGAAGGUACUUGGAGCCACGCAUUUCAAGCGCGUUGGGGAUGGGAAAUGGACACCAUGUUCGCCUGGAGACCCCGAUGCAGUGGAGAAAAGUUGGACAGAUGUCGAUUCUGAUGAGCUUCAAGAGCCGCCGCUGAAAGUGGGCGACUUUCUGAAGAGCUUGUCGAGUACACGGCCGACAGUGACGGAGGCUGAUAUCAAGAGGCAUGACGACUGGACGCGGGAGAGUGGGAAUGACGGGGCAUAG